UAAAUGACUCUGAUUGUGCUUAUAUCAAAAACAGUAAUGAACAAUAAUUUCAUCACCCUUCAACAAAAAUACGAAAAUAAAAAGUAGCUUUAUCUGGAACCAAAAUGAUGUCGAAGCCGCUUGGAAGCAGCCUCUCCGUACUUGUUUGACAAGAUUCACAUAGUAAUCUAAUGAAAAGGAAGCCAUAAAUAACGUAAUAAGAUGCCAGUGGUGUAUCUUGAGCGGCUUCCAUUGCCAAGUCUUCAGACAUAUUCGGCGAUAUCGGCAAUUCUGUUGUCAUGUUCGGUGUUUUACGCGUAUCAAGUUGUUGUCAGUGUUGAGGAAAUUUCCAAAAGUGUGACUGUUGAUUUGCCAGCACCUGCAAGUAUCCCGCGUGACGUGGGGUCCAUCCUAAACAAAAGAGAAGAUGCGUCGAGUAUUGAGCCUGUUGAGGAGUUCAUGAACUUUACCCUACCAUAUGACAAUCUUGGCUGGAAUAUUUUCCAUGUCCUCACCACAGAAGGGUGGUGUAUUUGGACACUGGUCAACACUGCCUAUUGCUGUUUGAUUUUUCUGGGGAAAGUGAUUCAGAAACAAGUAUUUGGUGACCUCAGAGUCAGUGAGAGGCAGCAUUUGAAAGAUCGAAUAUGGAAUUUCCUGUUCUACAAAUUCAUCUUCAUUUUCGGAGUGAUGAACGUGCAGACGAUGGAUGAGGUGGUAAACUGGGUGGCUUGGUUCACCAUCCUCGGCUUCUUUCACCUCCUCAUCCAGCUGUCCAAAGACCGCUUUGAAUAUGUGUCUUUCUCACCGACGACACCUAAGUGGUUCCACUUGAAGUUGAUCUCCCUCCUGAGUGUGGUAUUAUUGUGUAGUGCCACCCUGCUGGUGAUAUGUAUCUAUGUAGGCAUGUAUGCUGGGCUUACAGUCCUAGCUUUCAUGGCAGCAGAGUGCUUGAUCCUAGGCUUUCGGACCCUCUAUGUUAUUCUGCGGUAUGUGAUACACCUGGUGGACAUGAAUAUGGAGGGAGUGUGGGAGAACAGAACAGUCUAUAUCUACUAUGCAGAGCUUGUGUUUGAACUGUCUGUCCUCUCCGUGGAUUUCGCACACCACCUACACAUGCUGCUGUGGGGUAAUUUCUUCCUCAGCAUGGCAAGUCUUGUGAUCUGUAUGCAGCUUCGUUACCUUUUCUACGAAUUCCAGCGCAGAGUCAGAAGACACAAAAAUUACAGAAAAGUUGUGAAAAAUAUGGAGGCUAGAUUCUCAAUGGCUACUACUGAUGAUUUAAAAGAUAACAAUGACAACUGUGCCAUAUGCUGGGAGCCAAUGGAAACUGCUCGCAAACUACCAUGUGACCAUCUCUUCCACAAUGGUUGCCUCCUUUCAUGGCUGGAACAAGACACAUCCUGUCCAACCUGUAGAACAACACUUAAUGAUAGUCCGGAGGAACCGCCACGGGAACAUGUUCCUGAUGCGCGGGGUGAUGCCCCCAUCAACACACCACCUCCAGGACAGCCAAUCAACCGUGCCUUAACCAACCAUUUCUUCCACUUUGAUGGAUCAAGAUAUGUGAGCUGGUUCCCUAGUUUCUCGGUCGAGGUGACCCAUACACAGCUGCUGCCCCAGGGUCAGCAGCAACCGCCCAUACAGACCUCUCAGCUGGACAGCAUGGCAAGACAGGUGGAGACAGUGUUCCCUCAUAUUCCUCUAAAUGUCAUCAUGGAUGACUUGAGACAGACACGCUCCGUUGACUUUACAAUAGAAAAUAUCCUGGAAGGGAGAGUGCAGGCACCACUGCCGGGUACUUUGGUGACAAGAGCAGCACUUGGAGAUGCGGAGAAUCCCCCAUCAGAGGAUCCUUCUUCUCAGUUAGCUCUUCCCACGACCAUGUCACGGACCAGUGUCAUGGCGAUUGAGGCUGCCACAGCUGCACGUCAUCAGGAAGAUCAGUACAGUACCCCUGACCCACAAAACAGUUACACCUCUCUGGACCCACAAAGUAGUUACAGUUCUCCAGACCCUCCCAUCAGCCAGAGUCGACCUCUCUACGAGUAUAGAAGGGAUGAGGGGCCUUCCCCGACUGGCAGUAGAUUCUCCAAGUCGGCAAAUGAGCGAGAGGUGAUGUUGCAAGAUAGGAAAAACUCCAUGUUGGAACAAGCGAGAAGGCGAUAUUUGGCAACGUGCAACCCAAAGCAAUAUGAGGACCUGUCAAAUUCUGAUUCCGAUGAGAGCCAGGAGCAAUUUCUGUUAGAAAGCAGUAAUUCUGGACACUUAGACAACAGAACAAGACAGAGGGAACUUGCUUUUAAGGCUGCACAGAGACGCAUGGGGUUAAAUGAUGAGGCCACCUAAAUUAAACUUAUAAUGUCAGAUCUUCACUGUGACAGGUUCUUCCUUCGCAGAACACCUUCAUAGGAUAUUUUUAUUAGGGGCUUCUUUGCAGGACAUCUUUUUAGGAUACUUUGAUUACGGACUACUUUGUUGUAGGACAUAAUUAAGGAUACUUUUAUUACGGACUACUUUGUUGUAGGACAUAAUUAAGGAUACUUCGAUUACAGACUUCUUUGGACUUAAUUAAAGGAAUUGAUAAGGGGCUGUUUGGCAGGACAUCUUUUAAGCUGGGUAAAAAAAACUCUUGUGCUGUUACUCCUAUAGGGCUUGUUCUUCAAAAGUAACAGAACUGACUUUAACCCUUUUGCCACUGUAGACCAUAAUGGACUCAUCCAAAAAAUGAGUGGUAGAGUCUACUAAAGUUACCUAGGGGUGAAAGGGUUAAAGAAAUAUUGUCACAUCUAACAUAAGUAAAUUAAAAGGACAGUCGUGGAUAUUAAUUCAAAUUAAAAGUGUCAUCCCAGCUUUUCUCUUGCAAUUUUAUAAAAUAUGAACUUUGGUUUUCAUAACACCUCAAAAUGUUUCCAUUACACUACAAAUCCCCAAAUGUGCUAUAGACAAUUGUUAUCCUAAAAAUGGUUUUAUCCUUUUGUAGUCCAUUGUGAUAUGUACAUAACAUUGAAUAACUCUCAUUAUAUAGGAAAAUGUGUAUAUGUAUUAACAAUGAUAUGCAGAAAGUUUCGUCUUUUUCCUCCAAUUUUCUAGAGAUUUGUACAUAUAAAUGAUAGUGUGUUUUGAAAGGUAGGAAAGAGUGAUCAUUGCAGCAAGCAGAUAUCCAAAAUAAAUGUUAAUUUGUUGAAUUUCUGUAGGAAAUGCUCAAUGAGAAGUAAUAACUGUAAUAUAAUAUUAUUAUAAUUUGUAAAAAAUACGAUAAUAUUUACAAUCAUGACUAUUGAAAUUAAUCUUGAUGUUUGUGUCCUUUUGAUUCUUUAACCUAUAAAACCUAGUGGUGCCAGUCACUUUUGUUUGAUUGUUAGCUACUGAAAUAUUCUUAGAGCAUUAUCUACAUCUUACUGAUGUAAUCCUGUUGUUAUUUUAUUAUAGAUCAAAGAUGACUUUUUCUGUUAUUGCUGUUUGCCAUUAUUAAUAAGAUAUUAAUAGUCAAAAUCUAUUUAUGAAGAUUUUUUUUUAACAAAUUGACAGGUACUGUAGUCUGUAUAACAGGGAAUUUCAAUUAUUUGCCCAUCAUUGAUAGAAUCCUGUUUGCCCAGUGUAUAUUUUGCCCUUUACAUGUAAAUACUGUACAGGAUAUGUUGUGAACUGAUAUUCGAUGUCAUGAUAAAUUCGUCCUCAUUGGGGAGGACAAAAAAAGGGGAAAGUUAACCCUUUCACCCUGUAGACCAUAAUGGACUCGACCAGGUCAAUGCAUGGUAGAGUUUACUUAAGUAACACAGGGAUGAAAGGGUUAAACUGCAUCGAAAACUUCCCGUUAUACAGUAUUCUGUCUUUUCGUAUUGCAGAGUUAUCUUCUCUUGAGAACAGGUAUUGAUUGUUACGUCAUUUGUUUGGGAGA